AUGGCGAUCCUUUCAACGCUUCAGUCGAGGAAGUCAUUGCCGCUUGAUGAAAAAUGGCUUCUUGUGCCGGCGUUCUUGAAGGUACGUGGCCUUGUGAAGCAGCACAUUGUAAGCUUCGAUUACUUUGUCAACGAAGAAAUCAAGACGAUAAUGCUUGCUAAUCAAAAGAUCACCAGUGAUGCUAAUCCAAAUUUUUAUUUAAAAUAUCUUGAUAUACGAGUGGGGAAGCCUUCAAGUGAGGAAGGAUUGAAUCAGAUUCACGACAAGAUCACACCGCAAGAAUGUAGACUCAGAGACAUGACAUAUGCUGCUCCCAUUAAUGUCGAUGUAGAGUACACUCGUGGUAAUCAGCGAGUUAUCAAGCGCGAUCUGACAAUUGGACGGAUGCCUAUAAUGCUGAGAUCGAGCAAAUGCAUAUUAAAAGACCUGGCUGAGGAAGAGCUUGCGCGUGUACAGGAGUGCCCGUACGAUCCCGGAGGUUAUUUUAUUGUGAAGGGAUCGGAGAAGGUUAUCCUCAUUCAAGAGCAGCUCUCGAAGAACAGGAUAAUGAUAGGCAGGAACUCUAAUAAAGAUCUCCAGUGUGAGGUUCUCUCGUCCACUGCUGAGAAAAAGAGUAAAACGUAUGUGAUUGCUCGCAGAAAUAGAUAUUGGUUACGUCAUAAUCAGCUAAAUGAUGACAUCCCUGUUGCAAUUGUGUUCAAGGCCAUGGGUGUAGAAUCCGACUACAAUAUCAUCAGUGCUAUUGGUUUGGAAGAGAACUCCAUGAUCUGCCAUAUUCCUUGCCAUGACGGCAAUUUCAAAAUGAAAGCAAUAUUUCUGGGUCUAAUGACGAGAAGGUUAAUUCAAGCCGAGCUUGGUGAGUGUGAUUUGGAUGAUCGCGAUUUUUACGGGAACAAGCGACUCGAAUUGGCCGGGUCCUUAUUAUCGCUGCUGUUCGAGGACGUGUUGAAACGUUUCAACGCCGAAUUAAAGAGAGUUGCUGACAACUCGCUAGGGAAAACCUUGGCUGCACCACUCGACAUAGUGAAACACAUGCGUCAGGAUCUUAUAACGCAUGCUAUUUCGAAUGCCCUUUCCACAGGAAACUGGAUAAUUAAGCGGUUCCGAAUGGAACGGCAUGGAGUUACCCAGGUGCUGAGUCGGUUGUCGUACAUCUCAGCUCUAGGAAUGAUGACAAGAAUUAACUCAACUUUCGAGAAGACUCGU